AUGAUGGUGUCAGUAAGAACAUUACAUCAGUGGGCUUCCAUGAGGAUGGCUGCUGGAUGUACACAGGAGGAGAGGACUGCAUGGCUCGCAUCUGGGACCUGAGGUAUGGUUGAUGAUACUGUCUGCCUGCCUGUCUGUCUGCCUGUUAUGGCAUUCUCACCAAGCUGAACAUUGCUCUGGUACAAGGUCAAGGAACCUGCAAUGCCAGAGGAUCUUUCAGGUCAAUGCUCCCAUCAACUGUGUGUCUUCAUCCCAACCAGAGCAUAUGAGCGGAGUGGAGCGGUGAGAAUCUCAGCUCCUCGCUCACGGAGCUGUUCACCCCUCCGCUCCCCCCGCUCAAAGCCACAUCAGGCCAGUCCGCUCAUUAUCGCUCAGCGCUCAACGAAGUUUGCAUCGCGCUCCACUCAAAUCGCCCUCUCGCUCGCUCCAAAAAAGGAAAAAAAUCUGCAUGUAUUUCACUUUUAGCUUAAACCACAGCCUUACCUCCCAAAGAACUAAAGAGCAACGACAACAUUUUCCAAAUAGAAAUGUUUUAUUUCAAAUUACAAAUUAGGCCUAGCCUAUGUAAGAAGGAAUAUACACAAAAAGUCCUGUAAAAUUAAACGAAUCAAUGGGCCUAAUUAUAUAAAUAAAAAUAUACAGGCUAUACAUCAAAGUUUUAAAAGUAAAUUAACUAUUAGGCCAAAAUUCUGAUAACUGAACUUUUGCGCAGCUUGCACGUGGAUUAAAAUUAAAAUUGUCUUAUAUCCAUUGUCAAACUUUAAAAUAAAAUUUAAAAAAAUGAAUUGCUUUCCUUAUCUACAGUUCUUUUGAGUUCACCUUCAAGAACACAAGUUUGGCCAAUGUCUGAGGCUUCAGACUCAUGCGGUGGUUUCUUGACAGCAGGCCAGCAGCGGAGAAAACCCUCUCUGUGCUCGCAGACCCGCUUGGGAUGCUGAACACAAUGCGAGCUACUUUAGCCAGGCGGGGAAAAGACGUGGAGUUUUCUUUCCAAAAUCGAAUAACAUCUGCGUCUGGGUUCUGUCUCGGGGAUGAGAGGUAAUUUUCGACUUCACCUUUGGCGUCUCCGGUUAUGCGUAGCUGCUCGCUGAAGUAUGACCCGAACAGGCGAGCUCUUUUUGGUUCAGGCUCGGGAUUCAGGUCAGCGGCGGGUGGGGUGUCUGUCUCGUGUGUCCCGCUGGGAGCAUUCAUUGCCUCAACUUCUUUUAUGAGGAGGUCGCGGAUCUCCCCGAGUUUGUUGCAUACAGACUCAUCUCGGAUUAUCCAUUCUGUCUUGAAACGGGGAUCUAACACUGAUGCUAAAAUGAGAUGUUUAUCAGUAUAGCAUAUUCCAUAGCGAAUUGACACGUUGUUUGCCAAUGUUUCUGCAAAAGCAGAGAUGCCCAUUGAAAGUGCAGCGUGAGUGUCAUCGGUGAGCAGGGAUUUGAUUUCUGUGACAGCAGGGAGGAUCAUCCCCAGGUUCCCCGUUCCUUCUGCAUUUUGUCUGUGAGAUCUGCUAGUGGUGUCAGUACACUGACAAGGUGCGUCAGCUGCUGUACUUGAUUCAGGGUGAUGUUAGCAACAUUAGACUUGAGUUUGUUUUGCCAUAACGGGUCUUUUUGGAACAACCGGAUUAACGACUUUUUCAUCCGCAGCUGGCUGCUCCAUCGAGUGGCGCAGGCAUUUGUGGGGCGGACACCUAAUUGGUCGGUUUCCUCUGUGUUCAGGGUGCUCUUGCGUACACUUUUCACCAGGUGCCCGACUUUCACUAACAGCCUAUUAAUGUUGUCGUGCUCGUUAAUGGCGUCUUUGAUCGCCAGCUGAAGCAUGUGAAUGGGGCAUCUCAGAUGUAAAUUUGACACAGUAAAGUACUGAUUUAUCAUAGUUUCUACAUUAGAGGUUAUCACUUCCACAUGGACUUGCGAGGGCGCAGGUGGUCCCUCAUCCUCCUCUUCAUGUUCUGCACUGCUGCUGGCAUCCGCGGUCACUUCACCCUCCGCCUCCUCUUCAGUGCCAGGGAGGAGGUUAAAUGCCUUGAUCAUGUUGCUGGCACUGUCAGUGACGACCCGAAUCACACGUCGUUGCACGUUCCAAUAUUUCAGUACACUUUCAUACUUUUGGUAAAUACGAUCUGCGGUAUGGUGCCCCUGUAUGUGCUCACAGCCCAACAAAACCGUGUGCCCCCGGAACGUCCCAUCAAUGAAACUGGCCACGAUGCCAAGGAAGCUGUGCCCUCUUCUACUGGUCCAAAUGUCCGCAGACAGAACGAGCCCAUCACCAUUUUGCAGUAGGUCUUGCAGUUUGGCUUCCAUCUCUUCCAGGGCAUGUGGCAUGAGUGUGUCCCGUACGGUGUUGUAGCAUGGGGGGGUGUAGCCCGGUUGAGCUGCGCUGGCGAAGUGUUGCAUCCCUUCGCGUUCUCCUUUACUCAGCGGUUCAUAGUCCAUGUAAAUCAUUUUUAAAAAUGCUACAUCCAGCUCUCUUUUUCUCUCCCUUGUUAUGGUUGGGCCUUUGCGUGCAGUGAAGAAACUUUUGAAUUCCUCAACCCUUUUCUCUUGUUGCUGCUGCUGCUCCUCUUGCUCUAUAAAAUACAAAUUCAUGGACGACACAAAUUAAAUUAAACAAACCAUAUAUUAGGCCUACUUUGAAUGACAAAACAAAUUUGUUUGAAUAUUAGGCUAUAUUUACUUUACACUUUUGUUACAAGUUACCCUAUUCAACUUGCUAACCUUUUGCUUUCUUCCCAGCGUGUUCACGUAGCACACUUUCGUGUUUUCGAGAGAUGUGUCUUUUUAGAUUCCAAAAUGAAUCUUUACUGACUGAAACGAUGUCACCACAUUCUUUUUCUUGAACCACAUUAUCAUUGUUAGUUAGUUUUAUAUUAAUAGUACACCUGUAUGACUUCUCAUUUUCCUUUUUGAAGUACUUGGUGAACUCCAUUAUUGAGCCGAGUUUUGACUGAAAAUAGUCUACUGUUGAUGACUGUGCAAGACACAGAUGGAUUCUGGGUCAGGCUUGAGCAUGCUUCAGACUCGUGGUGUGAGCAGAGCGAAAUUGGAGCGGGACAUAGGGCGACGCUCUGUCCUUUUAAAAAUGCCGCUCUGCGCUCUGUCCAAAAUCCGUCCGCUCGCGCUCCCCGCUCGCUCCCGCUCCACUCCGCUCACAUGCUCUGAUCCCAACCAGGUAAGUCAGUGUCUCAAAAGCGAUUCGAUAUAUGCCACCACUAGAGGGUGCACUGUUACUGAUACUGUACUGUCAGCGUUGUACUGUAACUGUUGAUAAACACCUAGGCUAAUCCUUGCCUUCUUUAAACUCUGCUUAUUGUAUCUAAUUGAUUCUCAAUCGGGCUUGUGUAUUUUCCAGGCUGGGGACCAGAGCGGUGUGAUCCAUAUCUGGGAUCUGAAGACUGAUCACAAUGAGCAGCUUAUUCCUGAACCAGAUGUGUCCAUCAACUCAGUCCACAUCGACCCUGACGCCAGCUACAUGGCAGCAGUCAAUAGCUCGGUCAGUAUGCUUAACAAGUUAAUUAUGUUAUACUGGACUGUACACUCUAAUACAUAAUAUACACUGAACAAAAAUAUAAAUGCAACAUGUAAAGUGUUGGUACCAUGUUUCAUGAGCUGAAAUAAAAUAUUCCAGAAAUGUUCAUAUGUAUAUGCACAAAAAGUUUAUUUCUCUCAAAUGUUGUGCACAAUUUUGUUUACAUCACUGUUAGUGAGCAUGUCUCCUUUGCCAAGAUAAUCCGUCCACCUGACAGGUGUGGCAUAUCAAGAAGCUGAUUAAAUAGAGCUUCAAUGCCAUACAACACUCCUUCCGUGGCCUCCAACUGCUCUUAAACGCUAGUAAAACUAAAUGCAUGCUCUUCAAUCGAACGCUGCUUGCACCCGCCCGCCCGACUAGAAUCACUACUCUCAGCGGGUCUGACUUAGAAUAUGUGGACAACUACAAAUACCUAGGUGUCUGGUUAGACCGUAAACUCUCCUUCCAGACUCACAUUAAGCAUCUCCAAUCCAAAGUUCAAUCUAGAAUCAGCUUCCUAUUUCGCAACAAAGCCUCCUUCACUCAUGCUGCUAAACAUGCCCUCGUAAAACUGACUAUCCUACCGAUCCUUGACUUCGGCGAUGUCAUUUACAAAAUAGCCUCCAACACUCUACUCAGCAAAUUGGAUGUAGUCUAUCACAGUGCCAUCCGUUUUGUCACCAAAGCCCCAUAUACUACCCACCAUUGUGACCUGUACGCUCUUGUUGGCUGGCCCUCAUUACAUAUUCGUCGCCAAACCCACUGGGUCCAGGUCAUCUAUAAAUCACUUCUAGGAAAAUCCCUGCCUUAUCUUAGAUCAUUGGUCACCAUAGCAACACCCACCCAUAGUAUGCGCUCCAGCAGGUAUAUCUCACUGGUCAUCCCCAAAGCCAACACCUCCUUUGGCCGCCAUUCCUUCCAGUUCUUUGCUGCAAUUUACUGGAACGAACUGCAAAAAUCUCUGAAGCUGGAGACUCUUAUCUCCCUCACUAACUUUAAGCAUAAGUUGUCAGAGCAGCUUACCGAUCACUGCACCUGUACACAGCCCAUCUGUAAUUAGCCCACCCAUCUACCUCAUCCCCAAAUUGUUAUUUACAUUGUUAUUUAUUUUGCUAAUUUGCACCCCAGUAUCUCCAUUUGUACAUCAUCUUCUGCACAUCUAUCACUCCAGUGUUAAUACUAAAUUGUAAUUAUUUUGCACUAUGGCCUAUUUAUUGCCUUACCUCCAUAACUUACUACAUUUGCACACACUGUAUAUAGAUUUUCUAUUGUGUUAUUGAUCGUGUACGUUUUGUUUAUUCCAUAUGUAACUCUGUGUUGUUGUUUUUUUGGCCAGGUCGCAGUUGUAAAUGAGAACUUGUUCUCAACUGGCUUACCUGGUUAAAUAAAGGUGAAAUAAAUAAAAUAAAAAUAAAAAUAGCAUGAGCAUUACACAGGUGUACCUUGUGCUGGGGACAAUAAAAGGCCACUCUAAAGUGCAGUUUUGUCACACAACACAAUGCUACAGACGUCUCAAGUUUUGAGGGAGCGUGCAAUUGGCAUGCUGACUGUAGGAAUAUCCACCAGAGCUGUUGCCAGAGAAUGUUAUGUUAAUUUCUCUACCAUAAGCCCGCUCCAACGUCGUUGUAGAGAAUUUGGCAGUACAUCCAACCAGCCUGACAACCGCAGACCACGUGUAACCACACCAGCCCAGGACCUCCACAUCCGGCUUCUUCACCUGCGGGAUCGUCUGAGACCAGCCACCCAGACAGCUGAUGAAACUGUGGGUUUGCACAACUGAAGAAUUUCUGCACAAACUGUCAGAAACCGUCUCAGGGAAGCUCAUCUGCAUGCUCGUCGUCCUCACCAGGGUCUUGACCUGAUUGCAGUUCGGCAUCGUAACCAACUUCAGUGGGAAAAUGCGCACCUUCGAAGGCCGCUGGCACGCUGGAGAAGUGUGCUCUUCACGGAUGAAUCCCGGUUUCAACUGUACUGGGCAGAUGGCGUUGUGUGUGCGAGCAGUUUGCUGAUGUCAAUGUUGUGAACAGAGUGCUGGUGGGGUUAUAGUAUGGGCAGGCAUAAACUACGGACAAUGAACACAAUAGCAUUUUAUCGAUGGCAAUUUUAAAUGCACAGAGAUACCGUGACGAGAUCCUCAGGCCCAUUGUCGUGCCAUUCAUCCACCGCCAUCUCCUCAUGUUCCAGCAUGAUAAUGCACGACCCCAUGUCGCAAGGAUCUGUACACAAUUCCUGGAAGCUCAAAAUGUCCCAGUUCUUCCAUGGCCUGCAAACUCACCAGACAUGUCACCCAUUUAGCAUGUUUGGGAUGCUCUGGAUCGACGUGUACGACAGCGUGUUCCAGUUCCCGCCAAUAUCCAGUAACUUCACACAGCCAUUGAAGAGGAGUGGGACAACAUUCCACAGGCCACAAUCAACAGCCUGAUAAACUCUAUGCGAAGGAGAUGUCACGCUACAUGAGGCAAAUGGUGGUCACACCAGAUACUGACUGGUUUUCUGAUCCACACCCCUACCUUUUUUCUAAAGGUAUCUCUGACCCACAGAUGCAUAUCUGUAUUCCCAGUCAUGUAAAAUCCAUAGAUUAGGGCCUAAUGAAUUUAUUUCAUUUGACUGAUUUUCCUUUUAUAUGAACUGUAACUCAGUAAAAUCUUGAAAUUGUUACAUGUUGUGUUUAUAUUUUUGUUCAGUGUAGUAAUUGUGAUCUCGCUCCACCUCACAGGGAAACUGUUACGUGUGGAACCUGGCAGGAGGGAUAGGUGACGAGGUGACAUAGCUAAUCCCCAAAACCAAGAUCCCCGCUCAUAAGCGCUAUUCCCUCCGCUGCAAAUUCAGCCCUGAUUCUACAUGAGUGCACCACACAACACACACGUUUGAAGGAAUGUGUGCAUAAUACAACAUAUACUAAUCUGUAGUAGUCAGAUUUGAUUGCAUGUCUUGUAUAGUUUAGGUAUGUGACUUAACUGUGUCUUUCCUCACAGGCUGCUGGCGACCUGCUCGGCAGACCAGAUGUGUAAGAUCUGGACAACAUCUAACUUCUCUCUGAUGACGGAGCUGAGUAUCAAGAGUAACAACCCUGGAGAGACGUCCCGAGGCUGGAUGUGAGACUGUCUUCUCUGGAGAUGUCAGUGCUACAUUCCUUCCUGUGUGUUGUAUUAUGGUAAUAAUACAAUCAUUACUAAAUUAGUUGUGUAUUUACACUUUAUCUAGUACUGUUCCAGGAGAGCUCUGUUCCAGGAGAGCUCUGUUCCAGGAGAGCUCUGUUCCUGGAGGUUUUCACUCCAACCUUAAUCUAGCACACCUGAUUCUAAUAAUUAGCUGGUUGAUAAGCUGAAUCAGGUUAGUUACAACUGGGGUUUGAGCGAAAACCUACAGGAGGGUAGCUCUCCAGGAACAGGGUUGGAGAGCCCUGAUCUAGAGUAAGUGAUCGUUUUUGCAGUUGGAAAGGGACUGACUUCCAUCCUAGUGUGGCUAGAUUAAGUUAACUGACUUUGGGCAGUUCUGACGUAUGCUCUAAAGGACCGAUGAGUAAAUGUGUGAUGUAUGCCUUGCAGCCUCUUCUGACAACCUGGCACGGCUGUGGUGUGUGGAGACUGGGGAGAUUAAGAGGGAGUACAGCGGCCAUCAGAAGGCUGUGGUGGGUCUGGUCUUCAACGACAGCGUGCUGGGCUGA